GUCGGGGCAUCAUGGCGGCGGCCCUGCUGGAUGUGGCGCACUGGAGCACUUGGGCGGUGUGCGCCGUCAUCAAGCUGCCGCAGCUGGCGGCCGUGCUGGCGGCAGGGUCGGCGCGGGGGCUCAGCCUGGGCAGCCUCGUGCUGGAGCUGGUGGGCUUCGUUGUGUUUCUGAGGUACCAGAUUUAUUAUGAUUACCCUCUGCAGUCAUACCUGGAAUAUCCCAUCAUCAUCGCUCAAGAUGUCAUUCUCCUUUUGCUUAUUCUACAUUUCAGUGGAAACAUGAAACAAGCUUUGCUUUAUGCAGUCACGUUCUGGGGGGGCUGGUACAUGCUAACGCUGCGGAGGUGGAUCAUAGACCUGGCCAUGAACCUGUGCACGCUCAUCAGUGCAGCGAGUAAGCUCGCUCAGCUGCAGUGCCUGUGGCAGAGCAAAGAUUCUGGACAAGUGAGCGCCUUGACCUGGAGCAUGUCUGCGUACACCUGUGCAACAAGAAUAUUUACGACUGUAAUGACUACAAAUGAUCUGAUAGUUCUCAUCCGUUUCAUAACCAUGCUCGUUCUCAAUCUCUGGGUCACGGCCACAAUCCUGCGCUACAGGAGAACUAAAAAGACCGAUUAGAAGAUGCUCAUCAGCAUGCAGUGUGAAAAGAAAAAAAAGGAAAAGGAAACUGAUAUGGUUAAACAACAGAAAAAAGCUGAGGAGAAGUUGAAAGGGGAAAUUUAAUCUGGAUAUAGGGGAAAAGGUGUUUUACUAUCAGGAUGGUGAGGCACUGGCACAGGUUGCUCAGAAAGGUGGUGGAUGCCCCAUCCCUGGAGACACCCAAGGUCAGGCUGGAGGGGCUCUGAGCACCUGGUGGAGCUGUGGGUGUCCCUGUGCAUUGCAGGGAGUGGAACCAGAUGGCUUUCAAGGCUUCUUUCUAACUCAGAUGAUUCUGAUUCUGUGAAGCGCUCUCUUUUAAGCCUCGUAUUUGUCUCUAGAAAGAUUUAGUGCAGUUCCGCUUAUUUUCUCAUAGAAAUAAUUCUGUUAAGAUACUUAAUUUAGGCAGCACACUUUUAUUAGUUAUUUGUGACGAGUUUCCCUGAUCCCACUUUUUCUCUGAAUCUUUUUUAGUAAAUGAACAAGGUAUUUGUAUUUAGACAUGUAUAUGUUCUCAUGUCACUUCAGUACUUUCUGGUUACAUAUUAGCAAUUAUUUUCUUCAAAUCUACAAAUUAUACAAGAGAACUUUGUGGCAGCAUAUCUGCUCUUCUGUCUACAUCUGCUGCCAGUGCCAGGUGCUUCUUUUUCUUGCAAGCAACUCAAAUAGUCAGAUGUUAAGUACCUGUAUUUUAGCAUAGAGAAAAUCUGGGUAAAGGCCCAAUUCAGAAUAUAUUUCUAAAUGAGUUUAACAAAGUAAGGGAUCCAGCUGAGACUGCAGCACUGCACACAGCACUUGAGCGGUACAUUCACACCCCUGAUACAGGAUAUCUGUAGUCACUUCCAUACAGGCAGUUUUUAUUAUGAUAAGAACAAAAACAACCGUGUUCUUCUUUCUCAGCAUGUGCUCUCCAUCACUGAACACAUUGUUUUGGGAACAGCAGUAACUGGAAGGUACGGAGAUUAGUGAGACUCUGAGAGUUAAUUCUGUUCCAAGAGAGGCUCCUGCAGUGAUGCCCAGUCUCCGUAUGCAGUCUGCUCUGACUGUAGCCCACCUAUGCACUGUGAUGCACUGAAGCAAACCCGUCUGCAGUGGUUAUCAGGCUUUGAUGAUGCUACAAUAUGCUUUCUUACUUUUAACCUGUCCUGAAGAAUUUAUAGACUGAAGUUGAAUUUUUACUGUGAAGAUUCCAACCGGUUUUAGUAGGUAUGUUUAAAAAGGGAGAAAGAUGUUCUUAAAAACUUGUAGCAGGGGAUUUUACUUUUGGAAGAGGUACUUUUCCAACCCUAAGUUAGAGCAGGUACCAAAGAGAAAUAGAACGACCACUGAUUUCUCAACGCAUUCUCCAAAAUGAGAAGAUAGGCCUUUU